AUGCCUCUGGAUGAAGGAAGUGGUAUUUGGAAUCCUGCUAACCAACUCUUCAAGCAACUCAGACUCUUUAAAGCUCGCAAAUUCGCCACCAUCAAGACUAUUCUGAAUUCCGUUGUUACUGAUUCCCAAUUUCGCUCCCCAGUUUCGGGGAUCGUUGAUUUGCUUGAUGAAUUUGAGUUUCAUUUUGUUGACAAGCUUUGUGAUAUGUUGUUUAGGGUUUGUUCUGAUAAUAGGUUGUUUCCAGAGGCGGUUAGGGUUUUUGAUUAUGUGGAGGAAAAGGGGUUCGUGAUAGAGGAGAGGUCUUGUUUUGUGCUUUUGCUUGCUUUGAAGAGAUGUGGUGAGAUUGAGUUGUGUCUUAGAUUCUUCCGCCGGAUGGUUGAGUCUAAUGGAAUUGAAAUUAGGGUUCAGUCUUUGACACUUGUGAUUGAUGGCUUGUGUAAGAGAGGAGAGGUUGAGAAAGCUAAGGAGUUGAUGGAUGAGAUGGUCACUAAAAGCAUUGUGAAACCGACUGUGUUUACUUACAAUACGUUGUUGAAUGCGUAUGUUGGAAGAAAGGAUCGAAGUGGAGUUGGUGAGAUACUGAGGUUGAUGGAGAAGGAGCCGGUUGUUUUUAGUGUGGCGACUUAUAGUAUUUUGAUUCAGUGGUAUUCUAGUUCUGGUGAUAUUGGGGAAGUGGAGAAGAUAUUCGAGGAAAUGCGUGAAAGAAAAAUAGAAAUUGAUGUUUAUGUUUAUUCGUCCAUGAUAAGUUGGAAUUGUAGGUUGGGAAAUAUGAAAAGGGCAUUUGCGUUGUUUGAUGAGAUGGCUCAGAGAAAUGUUGCUCCUAAUGCACAUACUUACGGCGCGUUGAUUGGUGGUGUGUGUAAGGCUGGUCAAAUGGAAGCUGCGGAAAUCUUGUUGGAAGAGAUGCAAAGUAAGGGAAUUGACCUAAAUAUGAUAAUAUUUAACACGAUGAUAGAUGGCUACUGCAAAAGAGGAAUGAUGGAUGAAGCUUUGAGGCUGCAAACGAUCAUGGAAAGGAAAGGAUUCAAUGCAGAUGUGUUUACAUUCAACAUUCUUGCAAAUGGGCUAUGUAAAUUGCAUAGGUAUGACGAAGCCAAGUGUACUUUAAAUUCAAUGGUAGAGAAAGGAGUGGAACCAAAUGUUGUGACUUUCACUAUGUUUAUCGAGAUAUAUUGCAAGGAAGGAAACCUUGCUGAAGCUGAGAGGUUCUUUAGGGAUAUGGAGAAAAAGGGAGAAGUGCCUAAUAUUGUUACAUAUAACACUCUCAUUGAUGUGUAUUGCAAGAAAGAAAAAGUGAAGCUAGCACAUUUGACAAAAUCUGAAAUCAUUAUAUCCAUUGUUUGGUUCUAUACCGAGCACAUUCUUGUGUUUCUUCAUCAAUCACAAGACAUUGCUAGAACGGCUGCACUCUAUAUGAAGUUUCUUAUACCAGGAUUAUUUGCAUUUAGCAUCUUGCAAAACAUCUUGAGGUUUCUACAAACACAAUCUGUAGUCAUGCCACUGGUUUACCUUUCAGCUAUUCCAGCAUUGAUUCAUGUGGGAAUUGCUUAUGGAUUUGUUGAAUGGAUAGGUUUGAAUUUCAUAGGUGGACCUAUUGCAACUUCUGUUUCAAUGUGGAUAAUAAUGAUAUUGUUAGGUUCAUAUGUCAUGUAUGCGAAGAAGUUUGAGAAUACAUGGACAGGAUUUUCAAUGCAAUCAUUUCAUUACUUAAUCACAAGCAUGAAACUAGCUCUGCCUUCUGCGGCAAUGGUGUGUUUGGAGUAUUGGGCUUUUGAAAUUAUGGUUUUCCUAGCUGGAUUACUGCCUAACUCACAAAUCACAACUUCAUUGAUUGCAAUAUGUGCAAACACAGAAUCAUUUGCUUACAUGAUCACUUACGGUCUUAGUGCUGCUGCAAGCACAAGAGUUUCCAAUGAAUUGGGAGCAGGCCGACCAGAAAGAGCUAAACAUGCAAUGAGAGUCUCUCUAAAGCUCUCUCUUCUCCUUGGACUCGGGUUUGUUUUGUUACUUGUAUUUGGUCAUGAUAUAUGGAUUCAGCUGUUUAGUAAUAGUCCUGUUAUAAAAGAGGAGUUUGCUUCAAUAACACCCUUGCUUGCUAUUUCCAUAUUACUAGAUUCUGUCCAAGGAGUCUUAUCAGGAGUGGCUAGAGGAAGUGGUUGGCAGCAUUUAGCAGUUUAUGUCAACCUUGCAACUUUUUAUCUCAUUGGUUUGCCAAUUUCAUGUCUCCUCGGAUUUAAGACCAAUUUGCAAUAUAAGGGUUUAUGGAUCGGUCUGAUUUGUGGCCUUGUGUGUCAAACUGGGACACUCUUAGUUUUGACAUGGCGUGUGAAAUGGACUAAACUGAAUCUCUCAGUGGACAAAGUUAAAGACCAGCCUUUAAUUGCUUAA